ACAAUUGCUGCGGUUGCCAUGGCACAGCGUCGCUGGUUGCACUGAAUCAUGGGGAUUGAAAGAUAAAGGUUACGGUUUGGCGUCUGUGCUAUCGCUGUGUUUACGCGGAUGAUUAAAGGGAAAUAUAUUUAAACGACCAGUCAUUACAGUGUAGUUUCUGAGAGAGCGGAGAGAACAUUUUCUAUUUCAAUUACGGAUAAGUCGGCUAAAGCUCGAACUAGCUUGCUACUACUAGCUAACAUUAGCGGUUUGAAUCUACGAUGAAUCUGGUCCCAGCUCUGAAGUUUGAUCGGAGCGAAACAGUAGAAAAAUAGCAGAAAUAAACGAGCAGCAGGUAGAGCUCAGUUGGAUCAAUUUUUAAACACAGAAAGGGAGGUAAAAACACAGGCCAGUUUAAUGGUUGUUAAAAAAAAAAACUAAGGAAAGAAGAGGCUAAAACAGCAGAAAUGACCUGAAUGUGACACAUGGGAUUCAGCACACAUUAUCAAACAGACAGCAUGGAAGAAUCAGAAAAAGUCCCUGAAGCGAUUGAGGACAACCGGAUUAUAAGUCGCCAGUCCCGUCGAAGCACAAAGAAAGAUUCUCGAGCAUCAUCGGGGCAGAGGCACAGAAAGGACCAUCCGGGAAAAAUUCAGAGAGAAGACACGAUGGUUGGCAGUGUUGACAGCAGAUCAAAAGCAACAACCUGCCGAUCCGAUCCAGAUCGAGACCGGAUUUCAGAUGGAGAGGGUCGGAGAAGUGACGGGUCACUAUAUUCUGAGGACUAUGAGAACGCUACACAGUCGGAACGCUCACUUUCACCUUUCUCCCAGUCACUCACGCCAUCUCCAGUUCCACAGAGAGGGUUCCAGGCAAAGCAGAUUUGUAGAAGUCCACCCCACAAACUGCGUGGGGUUGGGCGCUGGAAUGGAUCUCGGCCACAGCGACCUGGAGGCCUUCCCAUUACACAGCACCACCGCAAGGGAAAUCGGUCUCAAAGCAAAGAGUCUACACCGCCUAAAGACCUGGAUCUGGUGACCAAGCGGAUGCUUUCAGCCCGCCUACUGAAGAUCAAUGAAUUGCGGAACUCUCUUGCUGAACUAAAGCAGCAGAAUGAUGAACUGAAGAAGGAAAAUAGAACUCUAAGACAGCUUCAAGUACGUCAGGAAAAAGCCCUGCAGCGCUACGACGACACAGAAAGUGAGAUUUCCCAGCUCCUGGCGCGCCACUCCAAUGAGAUCCAUGUGCUUCGGGAGCGACUGCGGCGCACACAAGAGCGGGAACGGACAGCUGAGCGGCGGUUAAAGGAGAGCGAGGAGCUGUUGCAUCGGAGCCAAGCCACUGUCACGCGACUAAAGAAGCUGGUGGACCAGCAAGAAUUGGGGACCAGAGAUGAGCUAAGUCGUAGCUUUGAAGAAGAGAAAACUCGGGCCCAAGAGGCACAGCAUAAAGUCAAGGACUUGGAGCGUAGCAUUGAGCUGAUCAACAACAGUUUUCAGAGGCAGCUUGCUGCAGAGAAGAAGAAGACUAUUAAUUCUCAGGAGGAGGUGAAGAUUCUGCAGGAGGAGCUGGACCGACUGACCAAUAAACUCAAGGAAAAGGAAAGAGAGCUAGAUGCUAAAAAUAUUUACUCCAACCGUUUGGUGAAACCAGCAUUGCGGAAAGAUGGUGAAAGUAGCGCAAAGCGGAAACUCACAGUACUCUACAGCACCAAGGCAGUUCAAACUGAAGACAAAAAGUCAAGUCAGGAUUUCCCCUCUCCACCCCCGGCCAUUAAUGACACCCAUGAGUACAGCGGAUCGUCGGCUGGCGAAUACCUGUCUUUGAAGGAUCCUGACAAAGUGGACAAAGCAGCAGAGUCAGAUAAGGUUUCUCAAAAAAGCGAUGAACACAAGACGAGAGGAAGGCAUGAGGAGGAAUUGGUGAGGGAGCAGGAGGCGCAGCAGAAAGAGGGACUCGACCAGGAGCUGAAUGUCCUCAAAAAGAAGCUGAGCAGACUAAAAAAUGACAUAAAGAAAGAACAGGAGGAGGAUGAGGACAGCAAGAAGUCAAAUUCCCUGUUCAGCCAGACAGAAGAAGACAACUACCGGAAGCGCGGCCACGUCCAGGAGGAGGUGGCGCGAUGGAACAAAGAAUCUACGGCCAGUCAGCAGGCGGCAGAGGAAGCACGUCGAAAGAAAGAGCAGCUGUUGGCUAAGAUGCGAGAAAUAGAUCGUCAAAACCAGGAAGCCCAGGAGUCUGUGUUCAAUGAGUCACUUCUUUCUGAAUCCAGAAAAAUUAAUAACGUCGCUUCUCCACAUCCACCUGAGGAUAGAAACUGUAACUUCUCGGUUUUCAACCACUCUGAGUCAGAGGAGACAGGACCGAUGCUGGCUGGAGAUAGAGCAGAUGGAAGGAGGAGACAAAGUGCGGAGCAUGGAGGUUUUACAGUUGGGAGGAGAGCAUUGCGGCCCCAUACCUCCAGUGAUAACCUGGCAUUUGGAAGGUACGCACCUUCGUUUGGACACUUAGCAUCCCAGGUUACCCCUGGCUUCCCUCCAGCUCCGCCUAGCAACGACAAAAACACUGCAUUAGAAGCCAUAGGACUUUUUAAUGUUGGAAUGAUGGUAAUGGAGAAGGAAACAGAAACAAAAACAGAGAAAGACAAGAAAUCAAGCCUCAUGGAGCAGCUGUUUGGUGCCCAGACCAUUCCUGCUGGUGACAGUUUCAGUGCUUCCAAUAAAAUGAAGGCACUUAAUAGCCCUCCAACAACCAACGGGGUACGUUCAAGACGGGAAGGUUUACAUCGCUUCAGUUCGGGUUCCUCCACACCUCCACCGUCUUCCACUAUCAUCGACAAGGCUCUAAACAUUGCAGACAGUAAACCUGCCAUCCGUGCCAUCCCCUCCUUCGAUGACGACAUAGAGGAACUCACUUUAUAAAUCCCCUCCUUUGAUGACGACAUAGAGGAACUCACUUUAUAAAUAAAUAUUUCAAUGGUAGCCAGUGAGUGCAUUCUUUAAUCAGGAUAUAACUCAGGUUGAAAUAAUGAUGAAGGGGAGUCAUUUUUUUCUUGUUAAAUGCUGCGCAAAACAUUUUUUGUGUAGAACCAGCUCAAAUACAAAUAUAUCGACACUGCAUUGACUGCCUACAGUGUCAAUGUAAGCAGUCAAUAGUGUAAUAUAACAGAUAAACUGUGGGGUUACAUACGGGAUUUAAAUUUAUUCUGUGCAUUUACUGACAUUAUAAAUUUUUAGUACACUUUUUCAUCUUGGCAACUUGAUAUUUAGAUCAGUUGUUUGGUUGAGGUGGGCCGGCCUUCACUCUGUCCCCUUAGCGGAUCUGAAUGAGGUCUCCUAAACAAAAUUAUUUAAUUUGAUCAUUAUUAUAAUUAUUAUUACACAUCUGUUGUAUAGAUGAAUUUCUAGUCUUUUGAGAGGUUAAAAUAUAAGAAUAUAUAUUUGAAAUAGUUAGACAAUCAGCAUGUUUAUGCUCAUGAGCAUCUAUAAAUGUUUUUAGAGUAUUGGUGUUGUAUGCCCAGUUGUAACAGAAACAUUAUGACUUGUGUUAUGGCUUUCUUUAUCCUGCACUGAUUCCAAAGGCACAGACAAUGAGCACUAACAUUCUCGUUUUGGAGGAUUUUUAUUCUAUUUUAUAUGUUUGUAUGCUUAAAAUGAUUUUGAUCUUGCUAUACUAUAAACCUGUCAGGGACUACAGAUGAAAAUUAGCCUGUUGGCUAAAUCUUGUCACAUUUUCAGGGUCUGUCCAUGGUAACUGAUGUUCAUAUUUAAAUAAAUAAAUAAAUAAAUAAAUAAAAAUCCAACAUUUAUACAGCAACAUUGCACACAAAUGUAAGCACUCUCAACCUGUCUUUAAUUUUAAUUUAAUUGUACUUAAUUUGUCAGGUAUUUAUAGGCUAUUUGGUAAAUUUUUGUGAAAUUGUUUAUUCUUGUAGAUUGUGUCAUAUUUUUAAAUAAUUCCUGAACAAUAAAAAUAACUUGACUUUUAA